AUGAAAGACUCGCUCUACCAUCGCCUCUGGCGCCGGGAAUGCGGGGAACAGUCGCAGUAUGCUGGGCUUCGGGGCAUUUACGGAUCUAGGGAAUGGGUCGACAACCUCGACAUUGUGAACGAGCUCGGUGGACACACAGGGUGUGUCAAUGCCCUCAGUUGGUCACGAUCAGGACGUCUUCUGGCGUCUGGCUCCGAUGACCAGUACCUCAAUAUCUACUCCUAUCAACCCGAAUCCUCCAAUUCCCAAUUCGCGCUCAACACAACCGUCUUCACCGGCCACAAAGCCAACAUCUUCUCCGUCAAGUUCAUGCCGCAUUCAAAUGAUGGGACUCUGGUCACAUGCGCCGCCGAUUCAACAGUGCGUGUAUUCGAUAUCGAAUACUCACGUGGCAAACCCGGCGUUGACCCCUCGGGGUGGGAAGCGUCCGUGCGUAGCCGCCGCUUUAGUGAGUUCUUCACUGGCGCGCGGUAUCUGAGUGACGGCAAUACCAAUACUAGGGUGUAUCGCAGCCACGCCGAUCGCGUCAAGCGUAUCGUAACUGAGUCUUCCCCGUACCUCUUUCUCACCUGCUCCGAGGAUGGCGAAGUCCGUCAGUGGGAUUUGCGGCUGCCGUCUAGUGCAUAUCCUCCUCCGCGUGGCGGUCAGGGCUUCAUGUCAUACCGACCAGGACGGCAACAUGAUGACUCGAAUCCAACCGCACUAUAUUGCCUUGGGUGGUGCGCACAUGCACUGCUUCCUGCACGACAGACGGAUGAUUGGCCCGGACAGAUCCGCCGCAAGGGGCAGUGCUACUCAAGUGCGGGGAGUGUUGCCGACGAAGAAAUGAGCAAGGCAACACGAUGCGUGCGAAGAUUUGCACCAGGCGGCAAACAUCGCGUCAAGCAUGCCGCAGACGGACACAUCACAGCCUGUAAAAUCAGCGAUGCAAACCCCGAUGAGAUUAUUGUCAGCUGGUCGGGAGACCACAUUUACAGUUUUGAUCUGAUCCGCGGUCCGGAUGCCCGCGAGGGCCGCUCAGAGAAGGCAACACUCAAAGGCAAGAAUACACGAGCUCGACGCAGUUCGAAGAGCCGAAAACGCAAGCGCCAGAAGCCCACGACGCCCUCAUCGCAAGAGAGUGGCGGUCCGCAGCACUCUCGCUUUCGUUCUGAAGAUCUGGAUACUUUCAGCAGUGAUGAGACUGGCGAGGAAGAACACAUUGACUCUUAUCCUCCGUACGAUGGUCCUGUUCCAACCACUGCGGAGUCUAUACUUGAGCAGGCUCGGUUUGCUGUGCUGAACGAUGCGCAGCGAUUGAGUAUGCAAAUUGCAAAGGGACUGGUGAAGCUUCGCAGAAAUCUUUUCAGCCUUGAAGCGACAGUCCAAGAGGCUCUUAGGACUCCUGGUGUCACACCUGCAUCCUACGCGGAUUUUUUUGCAUCUACCUUGGAAAUGGCAGAGGAUUAUCUUCCAACGAUGGAAGAGGUCAUGCGCCAAUGGAGGUAUCCCUUGAAUCCUUCUCAAGAUACUGUUAAUUUCCAGAUGUCACUUCGCCACAAUCGCGAAUCGGCGUGGAGAUUCGUGCAAGCUUCUGGGGCGAUUUCCUAUGCGUUGUCGAAUCGACCCAUAGAUGUAGAAUCGGUCUUCCAGUCGAUCCAACCCGCACCAGGCGAAGAAGAAAUUCCCCCAGGAUCCAAAUUCGGCUAUGAGUUCCUCCGAGCAAUCCUACUGUGGCUACAGCACGGCAGGGCACGUCUGCUUGAGGGAUUCCAGCGCCGCAACGCUCCUCGACGAUCGCACGACCGGUACCCAAUUCCCGAUGAGUCCGAGGAAGAUGCCAUUGAAACGAUCCUGAUCCCCUACUUAAUGGACAUGGCUCGUGAUACCCCCGUUGUGAACCUCGAUGCCUCCAGCCAAAAUAACAGCGCUCGCAAUUUAUUCCCUACCCAGCUCGCUGCCGUGGCGACCUUUGGGAGAGUUGUUCGGCUGCCCUUGGAAGAUCUCGGUGACCCGGCUGCUAGGGUCGAGAGGCGCCGUGCUUCCAAUGUGCGAUGUCUGGACCGGGACUGUUCGAAGCGGUUCUGGGUCCUGCGGGUUGGGAGGAGCCUUCUAAUGGAGGCAGCCAAGGGAGUCAAUUACAUGUUUGUCAACCACGCUUUCGGCGGAAUGCGCGCUUUACCGGAGUCUUCGGGUAGUGAGUCGGAUGUGGAGAUAGAACAGGCUGAUAUCGAACCUAAUGCGGAAGAGGAGGGAAAUUCCAACGUCAACCUGGUUCUGGAUGGUAGGGCUCCGCAACAGGCCGAUGCGGAGUCUGAAAGUUCUCGGGGAGAGGCGAAGUCUUCCAAUGACGUCGCUAAUCGAGGAGAAGGUGGCAGUGAUGACAGCCAGGCAGAAGAUGAUAGCUCAGAUGACGAAGAGGAUGAUGACGAUGAUGUCGAUGAAUGGCCAUUGGGUUCAUCUGACGAUGAAGAUAACGCGGAAUACGACUCAGACGACACUACUACCUCGAACUAUGCUAUCCCAAGAGUCCGCCAACGAGAUGUCGAGCGACACGCUCCCUGCUCAACUCACAUUCGCAGCUAUCGCGGACACUGCAACAUCAAGACCGUUAAAGACGUCAACUUCUUCGGUCUGAACGACGAGUACGUAGUCAGCGGCAGCGACUCCGGCCACAUAUUCAUCUGGGACCGCAAGACUUCCCAUCUAGUCAACAUUCUUGAAGGCGACAGCGAUAUCGUCAACGUCGUCCAAGGCCACCCCUAUGAACCAAUGAUUGCCGCCUCCGGAAUCGACAACACUAUCAAAAUUUUCUCAUCAGACCAAAAUGCGCAAGAAGAUGCCCGCAACGGAAUCAACAUCCUCGACCCCGACAAUCCUUCCAACACUCUCGGUCGGAAUACUUCAAUCGGCGGCCUCGAAAGCCGCAAGCGCAUCCACGAAAGUUAUCGCAUCAUGAGCCAAAAUGACGUCGAGCGUCGCGGCGGCAUGAACGAAGCCCAGAUCACUCGCGAAAUGCUAGGCCGACUUGCUGCUAAUUUGCGGGAUCGGAGAGGUGUAUUGGGGACUGGGAUGGAGGGGCUUGAGGCUCCUGGGGAGCAUGCUACUGUUGUUCUUGACGAUAAUUGCUCGUCCUGCGUACAUAACAAGUUGUAUGUCGCUCCUUUUGACGGGGUUCUGGCAAGCAUAAUUUAA